GGGGCGCCGGGGCGCCCCGGGCUGCGGUGCAGGAAAGGGCCCUGGGAAAGGGCGGUGUCGGCUCCCGGGCCGGGGCGGGGCCGGGGCGGGGCCCAACGACCAACUCCCCGAUUGCAGGGCUGAGACCCCGCAGCCAGCUCUCGCCAUGAAGCGGCCCAGGGCGCCCAGUGGCUCGGAUGGUGAGUCUGACGGACCCAUUGACGUGGGUCGGGAGAGCGACCUCAGCCAGAUGGCCAGACCGCUGACCACCCCCAGCCCUUCGCAGAUGCAAGCCCGGAAGAAACGCAGAGGGAUCAUAGAGAAACGUCGCCGAGACCGUAUCAACAGUAGCCUUUCUGAAUUGCGACGCUUGGUGCCCACUGCCUUUGAGAAACAGGGCUCCUCCAAGCUGGAGAAAGCCGAGGUCUUGCAGAUGACGGUGGAUCACUUGAAGAUGCUCCAUGCCUCUGGUGGCACAGGGUUCUUUGAUCCCCGAGCCCUGGCUGUUGACUUCCGGAGCAUUGGUUUUCGGGAAUGCCUCACGGAGGUCAUCAGGUACCUGGGGGUCCUGGAAGGACCCAGCAGCCAUGCAGACCCUGUCCGGAUUCGCCUUCUCUCCCACCUCAACAGCUAUGCAGCUGAGAUGGAGCCUUCACCCACACCCACUGGUGCCCUGGCCUUCCCUGUGUGGCCCUGGUCUUUCCUCCACAGCUGCUCAGGGUUGCCUUCCCUGAGCAGCCAGCUCGCCAUUCUGGGAAGGGUGCCCGGCCCUGUCCUCCCCAAUGUCUCUUCCCCCACUUACCCCAUAUCUGCCCUCCGGUCCACUCCAGUGCACAGAGUGGCUGGCACCAUCCUGCCAGCCCGGAGAAAUCUGCUGCCCAGUCGAGGGGUACCUUCCACCCAGAGAGCCCAUCUUCCUGAGAGGCCAGCUGCCCCUCCGCCCACCGUCCCUGGUAGCAGGGCUGCCAGGAGCAACCACGCAGCCCCCAUCCUGCCGUCUUCUUCCCCAACAGCCCCUGCAGCUGGGAAAUCCGAUGACAGUGGGUCUGGCCCCAUCUCCAGUCCACCUCCUUUGGGGCCAACUGGGAGGCAGUCGGGAGCAGUGCUCUACCACUCGUGGGUCUCUGAAAUCACUGAAAUCGGGGCUUUCUGAGCUGAGCCCCCUACAGCCAUCCCCGAGGAAUGAGAAACAUUCCUGUUUCCCCCAGGAGCUCUGAAAAUGGUACCCACCUUUUCUGAUUUAUUUUCUAGAAUGGCUUCCAUACAAAGGCAUCCUCUCCUCACCCGUCAGAGCCCCGCCCCCCCCCCCACCCCGCCCCUGCUGCCCACCAGGCUCCCCUGUAGCCUUUUCAGAGCUCAGAGCCUUAGUCACAUUCCCCACAGGCACAGAUGAGUUACAAGGUGCCUUGUGACCCCCCUAGGCUCUGUGGACCCAGAACACAUGGACCUUGGGUCUGGAGCCAAAGCUUUAACCUAAAGGAUUCCAUGGCCAAGGGCAGGCUGUUCACAUGAAGAGGAGGGACUCCUAGUCCUGAGGACUGGUGAGAUUCAGCCACCCCCUGGCCAGCAGGAUAGAAUGCACUGUCUGCUUCACUUCCUGGAGACAGAAAUGAAGCAGGGGCUAUUGAGACAUCUCUGCAGCCCACCCCGCAACAGUGAAGCGCAGGACAGAUCUGUUCAAUACAGCUAAGGCCUGCGGCCACCGUCGUCCUUACUUCAGAUGCCCGCAUGACUACCCACUAAGGCUGGACAAGCCGGGCCAAGAGGAUUCUCCACAGCAGCAAAGCUCUGUGGCAGGAUAUCCCUACCACCAGGUCUCCACAGCGCUUCAGACAGAAGCCAGGGCUGUGAGCAUCGGGAGAGCACAGCUCCCUUUCUCUUGGGUACCGUCCUCCAGGACUAUGGCCCUUCCCGCAGGGUCCCCGGUGUGGAGGACCUGUGGCCCUGAUGGUGGCACCCCAAGAGGCAUUCUCUUGGGAUUUGGCACCAGACAUCUGAGCUGCCUGGUUUGCAUCUGGCUCCCAGAGCCCAGACUGCUGCCACAGCCAAGGGCCGUCAGGCUGGAUAAAAAUAACUUGGAGGAGGGAGAGAACAGGCAGAGGCGGCUGGGCUCUUCAAGGUCACGCAGUGGGUCGAGGGCCUGAGAGCCUGCUCACCCAGAUUUCACACAGCUGGCUCUGCUCAGAGGCCAGCUCACUCCCCAGCACUGCCUCAGGCCACUCGCCUCUCUAAUGGGAAUAAAUGGCCGGCUGAACAGCAGAGGCUGAACUGAUAUUUAGGGUUGCCCUAUAAGUCAACAAAGUGUGGAAACAUUUCUGUCCUUUUUGGUGAGCACCUGCUCCCCACAGUGCCCCUGAGGACCACCCAGUGUGCCAUCUGGGAACACCCUGGUUAAUGCCUGGCAAAACCAAGAUUGUGGGAACCUGGAACUGGUUGUUCACUGACGCUGUGAUGGUUAUGAAACAGAAGGUCAUCCUGGAAAGCCUCAACCCCCCCACACACACACACAUACACAUCCCAGCCUUUGAUGGAACCAUAGUCCCCAGAGCCUGUGAGCACAAAAGUAGAGUUUACAAAACCCUGGGAGCAAAAGGGUCAUUUCAGAAAGUCGGGACAGAGGGCAGAGGUCACCUGAGUGACCCAGAAAGUGCUUGCGAAUAGGUCAAGAAGAGAUAAAGACUUCCUUCAUUUCUUAGUGGAAGCAAGUUCUUUAAUCUUGCUGCCAUAUUGGACCCCUCUGAGGGCAUCCCUGUGGAGUGCAUCGACAGGGAGGAUAGAGGAGCCAUGCGGGCCCCUGGGGUGACAGAAGUCCCUGGAUAUUAGGGUCUUACUGCAGGCCUGCAGUUUGGCAGCCUCCUCACCAGAGAUUCGGUGUUCACUCACAGCUGCGCUAUGGGAAACACAUUUCCCCGUUGCAGGUACCUGAACUGCAAAGCAGUCUGUUGAUACCAUGGAAAUACGGCAGAAAUGGCUGAGCCCUUUGAGCAUCCAUCCUGGUUGGUCUUGGCUUCCUUCUCCCAGGAGACUGGGCAGGUGACACCCCCACCCAACACCCACCCACCCAGCUGAGUACUCAAGUCUCCUGUUUCUAGUCCCAGCCCUUCCUGGUGGCCCCACUGCAGAGUGUGGCAGGCAAGCAAUAACAAUGUUUAGUUCUGGAAUCUUCCACCACCAAACCUCCUUCUUGAAUGUUUCUGGACUCUCUGAACCCAGGGCUCCAGGCAUGGCAAAGUCCCCUCACCCCUAGAUCAUUGCCCCAGCUUCCUGGCUUGGCUCUGACUGUGCCAGUCGGUUCUCAGCUGGCACUGGAGAGAAUGUGGCAUGUGCAGGGCACAUCAUAUCAACCCAGCCUAAACCCCAGACACGCCCCCACCACACACCGUGUUAUUCUAAUGAUGACAAUCAGAGCUCUUUUUAAAUCCUAUCCUGACUUCCAGCCUUAUUUUGUGCUGACCCCAAACUUGCUCAGUGUUUAUGCUACACAGGUCUGUUCUCAUAUCUCCAGCAUUCUCAUCCGUAGAGAUUCUCAUGAGGUUUCCAGAAUGCUCCGCCCUUCGCUUUGCAUGGCCUACUUCAGCUCCUCAGGCCUUGUCUUCUGUGUUACCUCCUCCUGGAGGCCUUCCGGGACUAAUGUGCCUAAGUAGCUCAUUCAUCUCAAAAGUCCCAACUGGUUCCCUUCAUGGAGAGUUUGCUAAUGCAUACCUGCUUGUGUGUUUGUUGGUUAGGUAUAUUUCCCCACUGGAAUGUCAGUUCAAUGAGGCCAGGGACCACACCUGGCCCAUGCUCCCAUCCAUACCUAGCACUGCUCAUCAUCACUGUCCUAGGAACUUCUGUUGACUCCAUAGAUCAAGGAGGUGAGAAGCCUUCUUGUGUGGCUGGCACAGACCCCGAUGUGGGUGGAUUCCACCCUUACUCCCACUGGCUGGCAUUUAGAGGAGACAGGAGAGCCAAGGCCAAAGGACUGGGUGUUCUGGCAGAAUGGUCAGAAGUCCCUGACCAGAGGAGAGGCAAGCGCCUUGGCCCUGGAGUGCAUGCUGACAGCUGAGCCUGCCAGCGGGUUUGUUCGUUGCUCUUGGCCUAGCUCCAUAAUGCAUCCAGCCCCCAACAAAUCUAACAUUCAUGUAGAUCCAACCUGUGCCAGCCAGGCUUGGCAGAGCCAAAGGUAACAAACACACAGUCACUCAGAGGACAGCAUAUCCUCUGCCUAGAGGAUGGGCAUGGAAAGAUCUCUGGAGAAGGCUGAGGGCUGCAGAGUGGGUGUGCUUUUCUGGCUUCUCUGGGAGGGGCCCUGGAAGGAAGCCCUCCUGGAGGAGGACCAAGGGACUCCCUUGCAGAGAUCUGGAGGUUCACCCAGGAUGCUACAGAAGCAGGCCUGGAGCUGAGCGCAGUCCCUCAGUGUAAGUGAAAGAUGGGCUAGCCUGAUCUCUGAGACUCAUCUUCCUCAUUACGCACUUGCUAAUGGGAAGUGAUGUUCUUCAAGUUCUUUGCCCUUCUUGAACUUAACAUUUUCAUUUGUAAAAUGGCCAUGAUGCAACAAUGGCUGCCCACAUAUGUGCACGUGCAUACACACAAAUAAAGAUUUAAUAAAGUUGAUUUAAA